ACACACAGAAGAACUCCUGCUGAAGCAACUGAGAUCCAUGUGACACACGGUUAUAAAGAUGGCAUUUAUUAAAGAGGAGAGUGAAGAUUUGAGGAUUGAAGAAGCAUUCACAGUGAAACAAGAAGAUACUGAGGAACAAACAGGUUGGUUUUUAUUCUCAAAGCUGAAGUUAAUCAUUUAAUCCUUAUAAAAACAUUUACAUCCCAGAGUAACAGACAUCCCACACUGCAUCCUACAUUGCCUUGAUUGCCUUUGGAAAUCUCUCUGUCAGUCAAAAUCUGUUCUAAAAUCACCUCGUCUUGGCUCUCUGGAUUGAGCACUGGCAGACUUUCAAAAUUGUAUCUCUAUUUGGGAACCUUUUCAAAUGGAUAUAUUUUUAUAUAAAGACCCACUUAUACUGUGAAAGAAAAAUAUUACAUUUACAUUACAUUUAAUUAUUUAGCAGACGUUUUUUUCCAAAGUUACUUACAAAUAAGAAGAACAAUAGAAGCAAUCAAACUUGCAAAAGAGCAACAUGUAAGUUCUAUGACAAGUCUCAGUGAAACUAUCACACUUUUUAGCCUUUUCUUAAAAAUGUUUAAAGUCUCAGUCAGGUCAGAGAUAGGCAGGUCAUUCCAUCAGCAUGGAACAUUCAAGGUAAAGGUCCGUGAAAGUGAUUUAGUGUCUCUUUGGGAUGGCACAACUAUGCGUCAUUCACUUGCAGAACGUAACUUCUAGAGGGCACACAAGUCUGAAAUAGGGGUGUCAAUUUUUGAUCAUUUCCAAGAUCGUUUAAAUUAACGAUCAAUUAACUGAUUAAUCGUUAACCUUAAAGGUGCCAUAGAAUGCAUUGAUACAAUAUUUUAAAUUGUUCUCUGAUAUCUACAUAGAAGGUAUGUGGCUUAGGUAAGGGCAAAAAUUCUCCAGAAACAGUUUUGCAUAUGCAUUUACAACCUAGGAUUUCUCCUUAGAAUAAAAUGGUCUGUUAUUGGCUUAUUUGGAAGGGUCAUCAAUAAUAAUGUUGAGCUCUGCUCUGAUUGGCUGUUUCACAGUGCGGUUCAUUUCAGACUGCUUUUUCUCACAGUUAUAUUGUCGGGUAAUUAUACUGUAUAUGAAAUGAGGGCAUCAGGGAACCGCUAUUAAUAUGCGGGGCACUGAAACUGCUUUCAAAUGCACAAUCGCUUUUUACUUUCGAGAUUCGCGAUCGCACGAACUCUGUUUAUACUACAGAGCGGCAGUAUACUUACCACACAUUUUACAAGAUCAGAUGCUUGUCAGUGGUGCUCAGGAUCUGUAAAUCAUUCGCCAUCAUCCUCAGUCAUCUCUCCUUAUUCUGUUUAUGUGGUAAGUGAAAUCUUAUGUACUGUAAUGUAACAGGCUACCGCUAGCAAGGAGCUAACCAUGUCCCUUUAGUGACUCGCGUUAUUUUAUUAGAACGGGUUAUUUGCUUUCCGUGCCUUUCUGAAUACAGACGCAAACCCAUCCCUGCACUUCACAUCCCCUGCACAGCCUGGAACAUAAUGUUUAUUUCCAUGAUCUGCCAUUUUCGCUGUUGUCCUCGCUUGUUUCUUCACAGUACCUGCAUAAAUUCUGAUGGCUCAGCUGGCGGCUGGCCUAGAACAUGGGAGGGUAUAUGCAAAUGUUGGGGGCGUACUAUUAGUGAUCCCGACUGUUACGUCACAGUCGGUGUUAUGUUCUGAUUCGCCCAUUUUUCAGUGGUCUUUUUUAUUCACGAGAUUUACAUAAGAAGGAGGAAACAAUGGUGUUUGAGGCUCACGUGGCAUAUGUGACCUGUUCUGGCAAAAUGAGUCACAACGAGCAAAUUUUCAAAAAUUGUCCUUGGGGCGCAGAGCAAGCGAAAUAUCUCGAAAUUAAAGAAAAUUCUGUUUUAUCUUUGCAACAAUACCCCUUCACAAGGCGUUCGGAUAAAGAAAAAAAAAGGAUAAAAGAGCUUGGACCAGAUCGGCCCAACUUGCAAAUUCAGCAGCAGUCAAGUCAUCGUGGUCGAGCUUACACUCGGUGCUUUUCCACCACCUCUUAUGGGAAACGGAGUUGGCUAGCUGGAUGCGAUGUGAGUCAUGCCUUUUAUUGUUUUCCCUGUUUGCUGUUUCAAAGUCCUGGCACCGAAACGUUGUGGACAACAACGGGGGUUUGCGACUUAAAACAUCUCUCUGAAAAGUGCAAGCGGCAUGAAAGUAGCCGUAGCCAUCUUGACAACGCUAUGAGGCUCCAGUUUUUUGGGAAGCUUAGCAUUGCUGAACAGCUAGAUGACGGCUACAGGAUUGGCUUUAGAAGGCACAAUGAAGAGGUCACAAAAAAUCGACACAUCCUGUCUAGAAUAAUAGACUGUGUGAAAUUUUGUGGUGCAUUUGAGCUGGUUUUGCGUGGCCAUGACGAAAGCGAGACAUCAGACAAUCCCGGGAUAUUCCGUGGUUUGGUCGAUUUUGUUGCUUCUCUUGAUGGAGUUUUGAAAGAGCACCUUGAGAAUGCCACUGUGUUUAAGGGAACUUCGAAAACCGUGCAGAACGAGCUGCUGGACUGUAUGUUGUCUGUUGUGAGGGAGCACAUAAUUCAAGAAGCACGGAGCAGCGAUUUUCUGUCAAUCCAGGCAGACGAGACCACCGAUAUUGCCACACAGUGCCAACUUGUGCUUGUGCUGCGCUACAUUGAUGCCAAAAGCAACGUACAGGAGAGAUUUUUUGAGUUUAUUCCUCUGCAUUCAACUACAGCUGAUUCCAUUGCUACAGCACUAAAAGAGCGUCUUGCUGUCAUCCUUCCAGAGGAUCAGAAGAAUAAACUCAUCUCCCAAGCGUAUGAUGGAGCCAGCGUGAUGAGGGGUGCCACUGCAGGUGUUCAAAGGAAGAUGCAAGAUGUGUACCCAAAUGCCCAUUACAUCCACUGUUAUGCACAUCAGCUCAAUCUAAUAAUGCAACAGGCCACUUCUCACAUACCCAAAGUGAGAAUUUUUUUUUCUGACCUGGGAGGAUUUGCCAGCUUUUAUUCCAGAUCACCCAAAUGCACAGCUGUUCUUGAUAAAGUAGUCGCCCAUAGACUACCAACAUCAAGCAGUGUCAGAUGGAACAGAUGGAACAACCGUGCCAUCAAUACAGUGUUUGAGCACAGAGAGGACCUCAUCCGCUGUUUUCAAACUAUACGAGACUCAGGCGACUUUGACCCUGUUACCGUCAGAGAGGCAGGAGCCUUUGCCAUGCUGCUAGAGGAUCAGGAUUUCAAGUUUUUUCUGAAACUUUUCCACAACAUCAUGCCGCAUGUGGACCUCCUCUAUGCCAAACUCCAGAAGAAGGACAUUGAUUCAGUCCACAUCAGGGGAAGCAUCCAGCAGUUCCAGCAGGACAUACAGAAGAUCAGAAAUUCUCUCUAUUCCCUGGUUGAGCAAAGCAGUGAAGAUGGUUCUCAACCGAAGAGGCAGCGGGCGCUCAGUCCAGAGGUCCAUGAACGGAUUGCAGCAGAGGUCUGUGAUACCAUACUCCUACACACCAUGGAACGGUUCUCCUUCACAAACCACCUUGUUAGUGCCACCUUGAUGCAAGUAGACAGGUUUGAACAGUACACAGUGGUGUUUCCUGAAGAGGCACUGAGCGGGACUUUGAAGGCCUAUCCAGUGCUCAGUGGGAGUAAGCUGAAGACAGAGCUUAGUCUCAUCUACUGCAAGGAGGAGUUCAGAAUCUGUCGUGGUGCUGUGGACCUACUCCAGCUGUUUAUGGAGAACAAUCUUGAGUCUUUUCAGAGACCGUCACUCUCCUAAAGAUCCUCAUCACCACACCCAUGACCACAGCAGAAGCUGAGAGGUGCUUCUCAACCUUGAAAAGGAUUAAGACUUUUCUGAGAAAUAGCAUGUUCCAGGAGAGGCUGAAUGCAUUGGCCAUGCUGUCAGUGGAAAAGAGACUGGUGACUGAGAUUACUGAUUUCAACCAGAAGGUUAUUGAGAAAUUUGCAAGCCAGAAAGAAAGGAGAACAAAAUUUAUUUUCAAAUAGUGCAACUGGCCAGUGAUUAGGCAACUUUACAUUGUGUGUAUUUGUGUGUUUUAUAAUUACCUUUAUUACUUAAUUACCGAUAAUAAACCCACAUUGAAAUCAAAUUCACUGAUUCAUGGUACAUUUAUUCCAUUCUUUAACAGUUGACUUUAACAUUAACAUUUUCAAUAGUUUGUCUAGCAGUAAUGAUACAUAAUUACCUAAUAAAUGGCUAUUUACAGCCAUUACUUGCAUUACUAACAGUUUAGUUAGCUUGUUUGCGUGCGCCUAGGUGCUGAUCCACCAUCUGGACUGGAUACAGACUGGAUCGGGUGGCUACGGUGACCUCGGAAUAAGAAAGAAACAGACUAAUAUUAGCAUAGAUGCCAUUCAUCAGGUGUUAUGGGAAGUGUCCCUGAUUCCGGUUGACCUAAUUAAUGCAGCCUAACAAUCCUUUAACGGAUUUGAAUAAUAGAAGCGUAUUAGUGUGUUAUGUGUAAGCCAGGUUAACCCUUUCGCACGUGAGUUUAAAAUAUUCUAGCUGAGCCCCCGGCGUGAGUUUUUUUAGGCGACCGUUAUUUUAGAAUUUAUAGCCUUAUUGUUUCCAUGGCGACGCGUCAUGCUUGUCAUGUGACACCGCAGCCCUAAUAGCGCUGUAUGACACAUGGAUUGCUUUUAUUUAGUUUUUCCUUUUUUUAAUAUUAAUAUUCAGAAACAU